GGAGUAUAUGACAUCUUUUGGUCGCUAGAUGUCCUCAGAGAGUCACCCCGCCACGAGGACCUUUCCCAAAACAUUCCCCCUGCUACGUCACCAGCCCCCUCCUGCCUCGUGCCGCCCCGGGUUCUGUUGGGUUAUCAGUUGGACAGAUCCCGCGGCAUCCUGUAGUUCAUUUAAAAGCGGUCAAAGUUCGAGUUGAGUUUGUUUCUCUUGUUUAAAGUUGUCAUCUUUUACUCCCUGGACGCCGGUGCUCUGUAUUGUGACGGCUGUCACGGCUGUGCCAUCGCGCUCUUUGUGAGGCUCUGAAGUGGAUGGCCCAGACGGACAGAGAUGAGCUGGGCUGAGGAGGACUGGACGGUGGGCCUCUCUGGAAGGGUUCUGCAGAAGGUGAAAGAGCUGCAGGUCCUUAAGGAGCGUCUGUCCAGAGAGAACAAACAGAAACAGCUGCAGCUGGACAACACUCAUACCAGCCUUGAAAAACAAACAGCGAAGUAUGAGGAGAUCCGUGGGGAGCUUCAGUUUGUGCAGAAAGAGCUGCAAAGUGUUCGAGAAGAGGCCAAGGCGGCCGUGACCAGCAAGGAGCGCCUGACCCAGGAUCUUCACAUCAAACAGGCCCAAGUAUGCUCUUUGGAGGGUCAGCUAGAUGCUGCUCGUAACCAUAACAACCACCUAAGCCAAGAAAUCAAAAGGUUGGAAGCUGAGUUGGAAAAACUGCAGAACAGCAGCAGGCUCUCAGACACCACUCUGUUUUCCACACCCUGCUGGAGUGCAUCCUCACCCUGGGAACACAAUGGGAGCAGACAGGAAGAGAGAGCCGGGCAGCGGGAUGAAGGACAGACCCGGGGACAUCUUAUCCGACAGCGGCUCCAGUUUUCAGACACAUCCACAUCUUCGCUGCCUCGACAGCAACACAAGAGCACACCGCUCCGCCACCCAUCUGACCAGUCAGACAUCUUUUCCACACCCUCUGCUGCGUUUCCAUGGGAACGAGAUGACUCCAGACCUGCAUCCAGAAGACGACCCGUGUCUUCUCCUCAGCUGCCAAGCCCUGAGGUCCUGAACCAAAGUCUGUUGGAGCAGAGUUCUGAAGAGAAGGUCCACAAGACGGAAACAGACACAUCUUCACUAGAACUGCGGAGUCGCGUCUCGGCUCUGGAGAGCCAGCUGUCUGAGAAGGUCGGGAAGCUAAGGUCCAUCCAGAAUGAAAUGGGACUGAUGAAGAAGGAGCUCGCUGCUAAAGAGCUGAGCCUGCAGAAAACCCAGGAUGAGCUCAACGUGGCGCGCGCAAGGAUGGUUCAGGACAAAGACCGGGCAUCUGAAGCCGAGCACAAAAUGAAGCAGCUUCAGGAGGAACUUAAGUGCCAGAGGCAAAAUGCAGAGAGCAGUCGGCUUCAGCACCAGCAGCGCACCAAAGAGUUGGAGAAGGUGCAUCAGAGGGAUUUAGCAGAGCUUCAGAAGGAGAGGCAGUGUCUGGAGAAGCAGCACCAGCAGGAGGUGAAUAAGCUCAACCAGGAGCUCCAGCAGGCCAGGACGCUCCACAAUGCUCUGCAGGCCCAGGCUGACAAGCUGUCUCUGCAGAAGCAGGCGCUGGACAAAGAGUUGGACGCUCUGAAAGAGAAGCUGAAGUGGGCAGAGGAGCAACUAAAGGAGAGCCAGAAGAAAGAGGCACAGACACAAGCCAAACUAACGGAAGCAUUGCGUGAGGCGGAGGGUGUGGCAGUAACUCUGGAGCAAAGCAGGAAGAGAGAGCGAGCUCUGGAGGAGGAGGGGAGGAGACUACAGGAGGAGCAAGCUGACACCCUGCGUCUCUUAAAAGAACUGCAGGAACAAAAAGCCCCUGCAGCAUCUGCUCCUCAGCCUGCCCAGUUCGGACCGGGUUUUUCCUCUCAGUCUUCCUUUGCUCCGACAUCCCGAGCAGCAGCCCACAGCAGGAGGCCAGCAGCUUCCCAGCCGGAGCAGAACAGGGAUGGGAGCAGGGCGGAGAUUACAGCAGUAUAUCCCUCUGGCAGAGAACCAGGGGAAGGAAUCGAUGCUGAGCAGAUCACGUCCAACGUCACACACUCUGAGUGUUUACAGAAAGUGGGACAAAGAGGAGAAAGUGAUAAAGAGGGAGAUAAUAGGAGAAAUACCCCCUUCACCACCUCUGCAGACUUUCAUAGAGCAACAGCUGUUGAAAACUCACCUGCGGCAGGAUGUCAGAGGUUUUCUCCCGAAAAUACACAGCUUCCUAAAUCCGAUCAACCCGUUUUAUCUGAGGACCUCAAGAGGGAAAACGACCUCAUGCGCUCAGAGCUCCGCGAUGUCCGUGAAGAACUCCAGAGACGGUUGGAAGACCUGGAAGCCCAGCGACGGGCCGAGACAGAAGCGAGGUCUCGUCUCAAACAGCUCAGCCGCAAGCACUCCAACCAGGCAGCAGAACGGGAGGAGAAAGAAAAGGACCUGAAGGCAAAACUAGAAAAUGAGAAGGCCGAGACUGAAAGGCUGAAGAGGACCGUCGCCGCUUUGGAGGCAGAGAUGAAGAGAAGCAGAGAGGAGACGGAGAAAGACAAGAAGCAGGAAAAAGAGAACAGUACUACACAAGAUGACAGAGAGAGUGAGCUGAUUGAACUAAAUAUCCAGCUAAAAAAUCAGCUGGCAAUGGUGAAAGCUCAGCUAGCUUUAGAACGAGAGGAACGACAGAGGGAGGAAGAGGAGAGAAACCAAAUGAUAAACACAGAUGCAGAUGAAAACACAGAGCUGAGCUUGAAACUUGCAGAGAUCAUGGCUGAUGUUGAGGAGCUAAAGCACAGAAGAGAAGAAGACUCAGUGAAAGAUGAGAAACUUUCCACUGCCAGCAGCCCCCUGCCCUCUCUGCAGGACGAUGAGUUCAACUCCAACAAGGUUUGCUCCAACAACAGUCUCCUCUCUUCACCAGAGGAACACCUCCUCUUCUGUGAGUCCACCAACCAACGCAACGCUCUCCUGUCCACAGAAACAACUGAAAAAGCGUCAGAUCAGAAUAAGUCUUCUUCAUUAGACCUCCAGCGGGAUCAGCUCGCCACCUCCAAUCUCACAGCAGUGGUGGAGGCCCUGCAGAAAAAGUGUACAAAGGAGUCCGAACAGGCUGCAAAGUACAAAGAAAAAUUUGAGGCCCUGCAGAUCCAGGUUACGCGGCAGACCAGGGAGCUGAGCACUGCCUUCGAGAAGCAAAGUCUGCACAUUUUAGGCCUUCUUGCUGAGCUGCAAGAGAAGGACAGCUCCCUCUUGAGCCAGGGAGAGGAACUGAAGCAAUGCAAGCUUGAGUUGGAGGAACUAAAGGAUGAAGAAAACAAGGUGGCCAAAUUGACAAUGACAAAAGACAAGGAGACUGAAGAGAGACAAAGAGGUGAAAAGUUUCCAGAGAAAUCAGAACUUCAGAUUGAACAAGAAAACGAGGCUGUUGUUCCUCUUCCCUCUUCAGACCUAAUUGUUCAAAGAGAUACAAUUCAGCCCAACGUUGAGGAAUGUGAUGCUGAAAUGCCUCCAUCUGUUGGUAGCGAAGGUAAAAGUGCAGCAGUAACUUCUGUGCAACAGCAUCAAAUCUCUUCAGAGAUGCAGAGGUCUACAGACAGUCCAUGUAACUCUGUUUGUGAGGUGAAGGAGGAUCAGUCCAGUCGACAUGGAGAAAGAGUAAACAUGCUUACAGACCUGCUCGCUCUCAGACAGGAAAACCAGCUGCUGAAGCAGAGACUCGAGGAUUUUGCUAACAUGGACAUGAGGGACCAAACCUCACAGACGGACAGUGAGAAUCAAGACAACACAGAAAACACAGCUUCUGCUCCCUGCUUGGAAGGCCAGGAUCCACUGAAGGUGCAAGACAGCGCAACGACAAACCAGUUGCUGCAAAGUAAUGCGAAGAGGAGUGAUGAUGAAGGUCAAGAUUUGGAAAGAGAAGCAAGGAGCAGCAUGAGUAAUGAGAGGAACCCGGAGGAAAUAUCUGAGGUUCAGAUAAACCACUUGCAGCAACAGCUGGAGGCGCUGCAGAGAAGAGUCAGGACUCUCACUGAGGAGACCCAGGUCCAGGCCCAGGAGCUCACUCUAUGGAGAAUAGCAUCCCAACCAGCCUCUACAGUUCAACAGUUGCUCACCAGCCCAGACGGUGCUGGUGAAACACUGCGACAGGUUCCUGCUGCCACUCAGUCCCAGUCAACCCAGCAGCCCACAGAAGAUCUGACCCAAAGGUACACUCAGACUGCCCACAGCCAGGGUCAGAUGAGCCAGGAUAUCAUUACAGUCAUCAGGGAGGAUGAGUUGUCUUUCUGCUGCUCCUCCAACAAGCUGCAGGGCCGCAUGCUGUUCUCCAGAAUUCAGAACAGCAGCCUUCCUGAACCAAAGAGUCUCCGUUCGUCUAAAAAGGCUCUUCAGGAAUACACCCAGAAUGCUGCCAGGUUGGACCAGGAAUCCGAAAAAGAAAACCUGGAGAUAAACUUGCAAAGGUCAGAACGUUGUCCAGAGCAAAACAAACUGAAGAAAGAUGCUAAACUCAUCCAAGCGUCGUCGCAGAAAGUUUCUCAACAUCAUGUAGCCAAAGAGCUCCUCAACCUGUCAGGAUCAAGUCCAGCCAAAGUGGAAAAUUGUUAUACAGGAACGCAUGAGGCCAAACUAGACUCUUCCAGAGGAACCGGUAAAAUAGGCUCAGCCACCAACUCCACCUGCAAUAAUAUGAAAGGAGAAGCUGUGAGUGUUGGGAGUCAGACUGAGGACAGUUUGCUUCCAUCUGGACCUUCUAAAGCAUUGGCGGCCACGCAGACUGAGGAGGGUUUAGAUGAUGAGGAGGAGUCAGUGGAAUCUCCUCCAAUUUCUCCUGUUUCGCCAGCUGAGAAGGUGGAAGCGGGCAACAAAAUGUUGCUCUCAGGUUCUUUUCCCAUCCCGGCUGAUCCGGCGCGUCUUGCUGAAAGAAUUCGCCGCAACAGGACGCAGCUGUCGGCCGCCUUCGAUGAUACAGAGUACGAGCCGUACGGCCUGCCAGAGGUCGUCAUGAAAGGUUUUGCUGACAUCCCCACCGGCCCUUCGUGCCCAUACAUCGUGAGAAGGGGUUUGUUAGGAACAGUGCAACCUCUGGCUAAGAAAGAACCACAGGAAGAAGAGGAGACAGACUAAAACAAAACAUCAGAUCUAGCUGAAGGCAGGAUUCACCUUUGAACUUGAAUGAUGGACCAUGGCCGUCCUCAGGGAGACUCUGAAAACACCCACAGCACCAGUUUAAAAAGCUGCAAUCAGCGUCCCGCCUCAGUGCGUCAGCUUGCAGGUAACUGGGCCUGCACUGACAAGCUGAACACCUCCACCAUGGUUCUGAAAGGCUUCAAUUGUCCCACGUUCACCCUGAAAUUGCUGUGCAGAGAGUCUACUGUUAAUCCACACCCUCCUUUAUAAUCAGACAGUACGUUUGGGAUUUAGUGAUGUUUUUUACUGCUUCUUAAAUCAGUUUUCCAAAGGGAUUGUUUUGUUUUGACUAACCUCAUGCGUCAGGAGGCCUCGGCUUACCUUCAAUUAAACAGCUCCUCGUCGUUGUUUUUCUGAACCAGCGCCUGUCAAGAUAAGUUCCACUUGUUUUCCAAGCAGGUUUCCGCCAGUAGUGGCCAGUUGUGAAAACAUAUUUCAAAUUUUCACGUUUUAAUUUCUUGAGAUUUCUUAUUUAUGGACUCUUGAAUGUGAUUUAUUAGUGGUGGGAUGUUUACAGAUGUGUGUGUGUGUGUGAGAAAACUGUAGCUGUGAAUGUCAACAUGUGUUUCCUCAUCUUGAUGUCACUGUUUGUAUAUAAGUGUGUGUGUGUGUGUGUUGGGUGAGCACACGUCUAUGAGUCAGUCUAACCUGCACUGGUUUCCGCUCCAUGUAUGGAGAUACACACUGAGCUCCUUCUCUCUCUGUCCUGCUAAGCUUGCCUGUCCUUCACUAACAAACACUCGUUGCUUUUAAGGCGACUUAAAAAAAAAAUCAUGUAAAGUUUAUUUUUCAGGGAUCAUGCAGAGUCUUGACAUGUAUGGAAACACGUACGGUCUUUCUGGUUAUGGGAAGGGAAAGUAAAAUGUAUGACGGCUUAGAGAAAAACAUCUUCUCUUUUACUAUGAAUGGGAACACAGUUUUGCAAACAUAUUAGAUUUAAUUAGGGAGACCUCAGAUUGAUCCAAGUAGGUGCAGCAAUCAUUUCUCCCUCUUUUUCCAAUUUAUCACAUUAAAACCACAAAUGUUUAUUUAUUAGAAUUUUAUUUGACAGAAUAAAACACAGAGGUGCAAAUCUGUCAGGUGUUUCUGCAAAUAGGCUGAAAACUUAUCUGAUCAGAGCACGUUCUUCCACGUUUACUGUGUCUCCUGCACAGCUUAUGGCAAACUUUAAACCAGAUGAUUUAUUCAGAAAGUGCUCCAUGAUUUGUUGGGUUAUACUUUUAUAAUACUGCUUUUAGACUUCCUCACAACUUUAUCCCUUUGUGGUCCUCAUGAUGCCGUUUGCUCACAAAUGUUCAAACCUCUGAGACCUUCACAGACCUGCUGCAUUGAUACUGGUAUUGACAUACCAAAGCAACUGGUUACCCUGGAUGUUAUUUAAAGGUAUCAGAAUAGAAUUAAGGGAUUGAAUACGAAUGGGAACAAGAAUGUUUGUUAUUUCUAAUUGUAAAAAAAUACCAAAAACCAUGUAUUGUUUACGUUGCUGCACGGAGGUGCAGCUGGUAACACUGUUGCUUUGCAGGUAGAAGGUCCUGGGUUCGAAUCCCAGCCAGGGGCCUUUCUGUAUGGAGUUUGCACGUUCUCCCUGUGCAUGUGUGGGUUCUCUCCAGGUACUCCAGCUUCCUCCCACAGUCCAAAAACAUGACUGUUAGGUUAACGCUAAAUCGCCCUUAGGUGUGAAUGUGUGUGUGGUUGUUUUCCUAUUCGUUUCUGUGUCGCCCUGUGAUGGACAGGUGUUGAAGGUGUACCCCGCCUCGUGCCCAAUGACUACUGGAGAACCUGCAAGGAACAAGUGGGUAUAGACGAUGGAUGGAUGGAAUGUUUUCCUUCCACUUAAUGAUUAUAUGCUACUUGCAUCUAAGUCAUAAAAUCCCCCAUAAAUAAAUAGAGGUUAAGGUUGUAUCAUGGGGAAAUGAGAAGAAUACUUAAAUGUUUCUUGUUACCACCUUUCUUUUGGUUGCAAUAGUAUUUCAUGGUAUUUGAAAGGUACAGAAGAAACAAAUGACCAUCAUACAAACGUUUACUGUUAAUUAGCCCUAAGUGUUGCUACACAUGAUAUACCUGUUUAUAUAAAGGCCACUUUAACACAGUUAUGAUGUAAGAGUUACAUAUUCUUUGCAAAUCCAUUUCUAAUUCAGUAACAGAAUCAGUUUUUUGAAGAAUGUACAAACAAAUUGGUCUGAAAACAAGCUGCAUAUUGAUUUGAUUCUCUCAAGUCCAGUUUCAUGCCUUUCUGUCAUGUUGUGAGGUGCUGUGAUAAAGUAAUAAAUGAAAAAUAGCAAUGUUACAGUUUUCAUGUAUAAAAAAAGGUGACCUUGUCUCAAAAAUGGUUAUGCAAAGAUUUGGAGAUUGUGUCAUUUCAGACAGCAGGGAAGUGGUGAAGAGGCACCACUAAAUGGCCUUCAUAGUUACACUAUAGUGAUGAUGCAGCUGCAGGCAUCUCAGUCCUGCAGCUGCCGUUCCAUCGGGACGUCAUCCUUUGCUUUCGGAGUUUUAGUUACAUAAAUGCAGAUAAAACUGCUUUAAUUUGCAUUUAUUAGUCUGCUUCUCAACCUGCUUUUAGACUGUGUUUUAAGAUAUUAUAGCCUAGAAUAAAAUUUUUAAUGAACUUGAAUUGUUUUAAUGCACAUUCAAGUGCUUUAGUUGUGUGUUAAAGUGAAUUUUGAGGUGGAAAGUGAAGCUACAUUUUAAAGCUUUUUUUUUUUUUUUUUUUUUCAUUUCCUGUUUUGUGGAUUUUUAUUUUAUGUAAAUGUUUUCGUUCUCUUGGUAUUACCUAUUGACUCAGUCAGAGCACAGCUGUUUACCUUUCAUCCUUACACUCUCACCCUGGAUAACUCUGGGAUCUGUAGUCCUCUGGCCCUGAGCAGAGGAUACUUCCUUUGGACACUAUUAUGUGGAUGUAUCUGUGUUGUGUUUGAAACUACAAUAAAACAUCUGCUUCUGUUUUAA